CGUCCUUUCAUUAACUUGUAUGAUUCCAAGUAAAUUCUUACUUAAUAAUAAACGGCAGUUAUCGGCAUCUUCAAAAGUAUGGAAAGCAACAAUACGAAUGCCUGAAUUUCGUCCUUCUAUGGCACUUAUACCUCCUAUUUUUGAUAUUGACAAAGCAACUGAAUCAGUAAUAGAAUUGAUACAACAACAUAACGGCCAAGUCUUGGUUAUUACUGGAGCAGGCAUCAGUACAGAUAGUGGUAUACCUGACUACCGAGGAGAAAGUGGAACUUAUAUUCGCAAUCCAAAACAUCGACCUAUUCUUUAUCAUGAAUUGACAUCUAGUGAACAAUUUAGACAGCGAUAUUGGGCACGUGGAUUUCUUGGAUGGAAUGAUAUGGUAAAGGCAAAACCCAAUCCUUCACAUGUAGCAUUAUCCUCUUUAUUGGAAGCAAAUUUUAUACAAAAUAUCAUCACUCAAAAUGUAGAUCAUUUACAUCAUUUUGCUGGAACAAAUCCUAAUCGAAUUAUAGAAUUACAUGGAACUCUUCAUCUUGUGGAAUGUAUGGUUUGUAAGCAUUCAGUGGAUCGAACAUCUUAUCAACAUCGAUUGAUUGCUCAUAAUCCUUCUUGGGCGGACUAUCAACGACAAUUGGCAUUUAAAGGCGAAAAACCAAUGAUCAAUCCUGAUGGCGACGUCGAUCUACCUGGAAAUAUAUCCUAUGAAAACUUUAGUAUUCCAACAUGUACUCAAUGUUCAAGUACAAUGAUGAAACCUAAAGUAAUCUUCUUUGGUGAAAGUAUUCCAAAAUCUAUCCAUCAAGCAGCAGAAUCCAUGGUAUAUCAAGCAAAAGCGGUAUUGGUCAUUGGGUCAUCAUUAGCUACCUACUCAAGUUAUCGUUUGGUACGACUAGCAAAAGAACUUGGAAAACCUAUUGGACUUCUCACAAGCGGGGCCACAAGAGCUGAUGAUAUUUCUCAUUGGAAAGCUUAUGUACGUUGUAUGCCAGUAUUAGAACGUGUAGUUAGUCAUCUCCUAGAAACUAGUUAAAAUAAAGAAUUAAAAUAGAAAAAAUAA